AUGAAGCAAGUUCAUGGUGAAAAGGGGAACCAAACCAUCUUCUCUGAGUUCCUUCUCCUGGGCCUGCCUAUCCAGCCAGAGAUGAAGGUCCCUUUCUAUGCCUUCUUCCUGACUAUGUAUCUCACUACUGUCCUGGGGAACCUGCUCAUCAUCCUCUUGAUCCUUGUGGAUUCCCGCCUACAUACUCCCAUGUAUCUGUUCCUCAGUAACCUCUCCUUCUCUGACAUGUGCUUCUCUUCAGUGACUAUCCCCAAACUGCUAGUAAACAUGCAGAGUUCAAAGCCAGCCAUCACUUAUACUGAUUGCCUGGCCCAAUUAUACUUCUUCCUUUUAUUUGCUGAUGUGGAAAGUUUCCUGCUGGUGGCCAUGGCAUAUGACCGCUAUGUGGCCAUCUGCUACCCACUACACUACACAGUCAUGAUGAGCCCUAAGCUAUGUAAUUCCCUUCUGGCUCUGUCCUGGGUCCUGACUUUCUCCAUUUCCUUAUUGCAUACCAUUCUGGUGUCCCGGGUAGCUUUCUGUGCCAGCAACAUUAUCCCCCACUUUUUCUGUGACAUGUCUGCCCUGUUAAAACUGGCCUGUUCAGACAUCCACAUCAAUGAGCUCAUGAUCUUCAUCUUUGGGGGGCUUGUCCUUGUAGUACCAUUCCUACUAAUUGUUGCAUCUUAUACCCGUAUCCUCUCUUCUAUCCUCAGAGUGCCCUCUGUCAGGGGCAUUCGCAAGGCUUUCUCUACUUGUGGCUCCCACCUCUCUGUGGUUUCUCUCUUCUAUGGGACAGUCAUUGGCCUCUACUUAUGCCCUUCAACGAACAACUCCACCGUCAAGGAGACUAUCAUGUCAAUCAUGUACACCAUGGUAACACCAAUGCUAAAUCCUUUCAUAUAUAGCCUGAGGAAUAAGGAUAUGAAAGAAGCCAUCAAGAAGCUCUUGUCAGGAAGAAAACUUCCAUUCUCCCUGGGACUGUGA